UCGUCAUUUGACAUACAGGGACCGCGAUAUAAAGUGACCCGAUUUCUUACAAAAGUACAUAAAACCGAACAUAAAAUGCCCUGCUGCAAGGUGACAUUAAAGAAGAAUCUGUACAACAUGAAAUGCGAUAAAAUCGGUUGCAUUUGCAUUCCUACAGAUGGAAAGGAUACAGUUUAUCUUUGCGUGAACAAGGAUGAUAAAAUCAUAAGAUGUGCUGAUGAAUGUGAUGGUUCUGGACGUCAAUGCAUCGCUGUAGAAACUGGUGGAGCGGCCUGCAUUUGCGUAUGCAAGACUGAUGAAGGUCUAACCAAAUGUGAUGAUUGCGUCUGUUCUGACGAAGAAAACAAGAUGCAAUGUGUUAAGCGAGAAUGUGUGUGUUUCGAAACGCACGGAAGAGAUUCGCUUUCAGUCUGUGAAGAUGAUGAGAAUAAUAUAAUUUACUGUGAUACAUCUGAAGGUAGAAAAUGUGUUCGCCUGUCAACUGACGGUGUUUCUUGCAUUUGUGUAUGCAAAGAUGGCAAAGGGGGUUUCAAGAAAUGCAAUGAUUGUUCUUGCAACGUUGUGGGUAGAUUGAAUGCUGAACUCAAAUGCGAUAAGAAAGAAUGUGUAUGCCUAGAAACCAAUGGAAGAUCGUGUGUCUGGGUUUGCGAAGGCGGAAAAGGAAACAUAAUUACCUGUGAUACAAAUGAAGAUAAAACUUGUGUUUGCAUUGGGACAGGUGGAGCUACUUGUAUUUGUGUUUGCAAGGAUGAGAAAGGAGGUUUCAAGAAAUGUAACGAAUGUUGCUGUACUAAUGAGGAUGGUGUAAAAUCUGAUACGAAAUGUGACAAGAAAGGCUGCGUAUGCAUUCAAGCUAAAGGUAAAUCUUGUAUUUUGGUCUGUGAAGAUGGGAAACGUAACAUAGUGGCUUGUGAAGAUGGUAAAAACUGUAUUUGUAUUGAAACGGAUGGAGCUUCCUGUAUCUGCGUUUGUAAAGAUGGUAAUGGAGGUUUUAAGAAAUGUGACGAUUGCUGCUGUACUAAUGAGGGUAGAACAAAAUCUGAACCCAAAUGUGACAAUAAAGCUUGCGUAUGCAUUCAAAGUGAAGGAAAAACUUGCGUUUUGAUUUGUGAAGAUGGGAAAGGUAACAUCGUCUCUUGUGAAAAGGAAGAUGGUAAAAACUGUGUUUGCAUUGAAACAGAUGGAGCUUCCUGUAUCUGUGUUUGUAAAGAUGGUAAAGGAGGUUUUAAGAAAUGUGACGACUGUUGCUGCAUAAUAACUGCAUAGGAUAUUAAAUUGAAAAUAAUUCACCAUGCAUUUUUGAGAACUUUUGUACAACAUUGUAUCAUUGUAUCAUUGUAUCACAAACAUUGUAUCAUUUCAUUAAUGGGGCCACAAUAAAUAUAUAAAUAUGUAGAUUUCUUUUGUUUUAUUAUUGUUUACUCCAUCCUCUCUUUAUU